GAAACUUACUUAUCGAUCCGGCGAGUUUUGAAGAGCUCCGAGCCCGUGAAGAUUUGAAAAAAGUAGAUACAAGAAGCAAAGUGGAGAAUCAGGAUAGGAGGCGGGGGAAAUUGAUAAAGUUUGAAACAGAGAGAAAUUGAAAACCCUAGGUAGGGGAGGGGAGGGGAGAGGGAAAAAUGGGGCGUUCCAGUGAACACCAUGAAGCGACGGAUGGUUUGGUGAAGCUAUUGACGAAAGCCAACCACGAUCUCACACUGGUUCAGAACAGGCUCGAGAGGGAAUUCCAACAAAUUUACCCUGACAAUGCAAACCCAAUGAAGCUGGUUUAUAGAGUAAAGAAGAUUCAUGAAGAUGUAUCGGCUUUGAAAGAGCAGUGCCGCGAACUUCUUUCUGCCAAACAGGAUUUGAUUGAUAAGGCUCGGACAGUUCUUGUUGGGAACAGAAAUGCACUGCAGCGGAUGCAAGCAUCCAUGGGCAUUCCCCUAGACGACGGUGAUUCUAGCGAUUCUGCUUUUGCCAAUUUCAACCAGAUAAUUGAUGAGUGGACAGCUCAAGUCAGAUCAGGCACAGGGGAUGAUACGCAUGCUUCAGGCUCUGAAGAUGUUAACGAAUUACUCUUCUCGGCUAUAAUCCAAAGCAACUGAUAGACUUUCAUGAUUUAGUUGAAGCACCUCAGUAUUAUGAAAGGGGACAACAGCAUAGAUUAAACGUCCUACCAUUUCCCCAGUUCUUGAGAAGAAUAGAUGAUUUACAUUUUAAGAUUACUCUGUGGAAUGCAAUUCUUGUCGAUUUUAAGUGACGUUUCCGGUUGGUACAUGACACAGUUAUGACUGAAGUCACCCUCUUAUAUAAUAUGCUUUCCCCUAAUGUAUAUGCUGACACGUUAUUUAAAAAAAAAAUUAAUGAAACAGAAUUGAAUAGAAA